CGUCAGAUUUGCCAGUCAUCUUCAGCAUCAGUUCUGAGCUGCAGCAACUCAGAGGAGCUGUUUAUUUACAUUACCGGAGAAUUACCGACACCGAACACCGACACCGGGCGGCAACAUGAAAGAGGCGACGGCGAAGAGACGAGAGAAACCGAAGGAGAAAAACACCGCAGAGCCGCAGGAUGUGGAGAUGAAGGAGGAGGAGCAGCGCGGGGCCCGGGAACUGGACCAGACCACUCUGGACGAUAUCCGGGAACAUGUGAAGCAGAUCGAGAAGGCGGUGUCGGGGAAGGAGCCGCGGUUCGUCCUGCGGGCUCUGCGGGCGCUGCCCUCCACCAGCCGCCGCCUCAACACAAACGUCCUGCAUAAAGCCGUCAGCGGGUUCUUCACAGCAAACGCCGCCGGGAAAGAGUUUCUGCUCGGCUUCCUGGAGCAGCCGGUGGAGAUUGAGGGCGACGUGCCGUUCAGACCACGCACCGGUAAAGCUGCCGCGGUGCCGCUGAUCCCUGAGGUUGAGGCGUACCUGCAGCUGCUGACGGUGGUGUACCUGACCAACAACAAACACUACACAGAGGCUCAGAAAGUCUCAGAUGAUCUCCUUCAGAAGAUCGGCUCUCAGAACCGCCGUGCGCUGGAUCUGGUGGCCGCUAAGUGCUACUAUUAUCACUCACGUGUGUAUGAGUUCCUGAACCAGCUGGACGUGGUGCGCAGUUUCCUGCACACGCGGCUGCGGACGGCCACGCUGCGCCACGAUGCGGACGGUCAGGCCACGCUGCUCAACCUGCUGCUGCGCAACUACCUGCAGUACAACCUGUACGACCAGGCAGAGAAGCUGGUGUCCAAAUCUGUGUUCCCCGAGCUGGCCAAUAACAACGAGUGGGCACGCUACCUGUACUACACAGGCCGCAUCAAAGCCAUCCAGCUGGAGUACUCAGAGGCCAGGAGGACCCUGACCAACGCCCUGCGCAAAGCCCCUCAGCACACCGCCGUGGGCUUCAAGCAGACUGUUCACAAGCUGCUGAUCGUGGUGGAGCUCCUGCUGGGGGAGAUUCCUGACCGUCUUCAGUUUCGGCAGCCGUCGCUCAAGCGCUCGCUGAUGCCCUACUUCCUGCUCACACAAGCCGUGAGAACUGGAAAUCUGGCCAAGUUUAACCAGGUCCUGGAUCAGUUUGGAGAGAAGUUCCAGACCGACGGCACGUACACACUGAUCAUCCGACUGAGACACAACGUCAUUAAAACUGGCGUGAGGAUGAUCAGUCUGUCGUACUCGCGCAUCUCUCUGGCUGAUAUUGCACAGAAGCUGCAGCUCGACAGUCCUGAAGACGCAGAGUUCAUCGUGGCCAAGGCGAUCCGUGACGGUGUGAUCGAGGCCAGCAUUAAUCAUGAGAAGGGCUUCGUGCAGUCGAAGGAGACGAUGGACAUCUACAGCACACGAGAGCCGCAGCUCGCCUUCCACCAGCGCAUCGCCUUCUGCCUCGACAUACACAACAUGUCUGUGAAGGCGAUGCGUUUUCCUCCGAAGGCCUACAAUAAAGAUCUGGAGUCUGCAGAGGAGAGGCGUGAGCGGGAGCAGCAGGAUCUGGAGUUCGCUAAGGAGAUGGCAGAAGAUGAUGAUGACAGCUUCCCCUGAGCCGCAGCGCCGCUUCCUCUUCCUGUUUCCUCUCGGCCUCCAUUGUUUUUUUUUUCUGCUGUUUUGUCUGAAAUGAUCCACACACACACACACACACACACACACACACACACUGAUGUGCUGAUGAGUCUCCGUGUUCUGCUGUUGUGUAUGUGCUGAAUAAACGCCGCUGUGCUGCA